UAGUUAACAGUGGACAUGAAAUUGAAAUAAAGGUAGUUAACGGUGGACAUGAAACUGAAAUCAAUGCAGUUCACAGAUUAGAUGAGCAAACCAAACUAUUAUUUAAUGAUAUACUACUUAAUAAUGCUAACAACAAAUUCAAUGAUGAAAGAGAGCAGUUUGAGGAUCACUAA